AACAGAAAUUACCUAGAAGGCCAAAAACCCGGUACGGAGAUGUUGUGUGCUUAACAGAAGGUGUCGAUGCCUUGUUGAAGGUGUUGCCCCUUAUUCGAUUUUCAUAAAAUUUGUGUUUAAUUUAUUAUUUUGAGUGUGGAUCCUACUUCUAUUUCAAUUAGGUUUCUAAAAUUCUAUAAAUACCCAUUCAAAUUCAAAAUUGAGGGAACUUUAGGGGCUGGUGGCAACCUUCUUUUGGCUCAUCCACAUCAUACCGAAGGACUAACAUGCCUGGCCAUAAAAUAUAAUUAAAGAAUGAGAAAGAAAGCAUACUAUGGUAUGUGGGGAAGGAGGAUCAGCUUGAGGAUCCGUUGUUAUUGGAGGAUCUGCAGCAUGUCCAUUAGCUGAAGAUUCUAGGCAACAAGGUGCAGCUGCAUCAUUAUCUUUGCCAUCUGUGCAAGGGUUUUGUUGCAUUUUGUUUGUUUAAUGCCCAAACACUUGAGAAUAGCCUUAAUGGCCACCCGAAGAAAUGAAGCAUAGUUGAGUAUGGCAGCAAGAGCUUCUGGCUCUGUCAUCUCUUUCCUUGAUGUUGUCUCCUCCAUUUAUUACCCUUUCUUUGUUUCUCUACCUCUUUCUUCCAUACCUCAAACUUUGAUUAUAUAAUCUCCUGCUUAAAUUUGUUUCUGCUGUUUGGUUGUUUGGCUCAUCUUCUCCUCCUAAUUUAAAUGAAUAGCUUCAUUUUUAGAAAAAAUAGAAGUACUAAACUAACCGUCUUUUCGGUCUUGGUGAACAUUAGAUAGACCUAACGGGUUUCCCUAAGUAGAAAAUUCCCCUUUGAUUAAUAGAUUCUUUGAUGCGAUCUCACUAUGUUUUUCGCCAUUUGCCUCCUUCGUACGUUUUAUACGUUCUUUGACUCUUACGUUCUAGUAGGUGUAAGCUGGCCAGGCUUGGUAACAUAAGCUUGUGACCCAAGUGGAGGCAAUAAGAUGAUGCGAAGAGUGUGAUUGAUGGGCUCCGGGCCAAGACUUUUGGGUCAGAGGCACCACACGGUCACGCGAUAAACCACAGGCCUGGGUGCACUUGAGGAGGCAUAAAAUUACCUCUUGCUUCUCAAGUGCCCAUUGGAGAGGUAGGAGAUGAAUAUGAAAUUUGUUGCUGGCUUGUCAGAAUAGGUUUGCCCAAUAAAGCUGAAUUAAUGUUUUCCUAAAGAAAAUUGAGUUUUUAUUGGUUUUGUUUGGGGAUUGAGUAGCUUGGCAGUUUGAAGUCUCAGGGUGAGUUUUAUAACGGAGAGGAAAGGGGAGUUUAGGGCUUUGGUUUUCCUGGGGUUGAUCUUGCUGGUGCAUCCAUUAUACCUUGUCUCUGCUAACAUGGAAGGUAAGUGUGUGGAUUUGUUUUUCUUGGUGUUUGUAUCUGCUUCUUGCAAUCAAGGACAGAGGAUACUUAGGGUUCAAGGGUUAUGGCCCGAGUUAUGGAAGAGUAUAUAUGUAUGUAUUUGUUUUGUUAUACACAUCAGGCGUUUGAUCAAUUAUUUCAUUGAAUGCACUUCCUCUUUUAGAUUUUAUUUUGUGUAGUGCAUACCAUGUUGAGUUUUUUUUUAGCAACAAUUAAUUAACUUAAUCUCUUUAAUUGUUGAUUAAUUUACACACAACUAAUUUGAGCUUCAAGGAAGUAAUAUUUAUCAUUUUGGAAGUUUGAUCCCUGUUUUUCGGCAUGUGUUGAUUUUUGUAAAUGAUUUUCAUCCAGUCUUUCAUGUAAGAUGACUUAGGAAUAAUCUUUUGUGUUAAAUUAGUUCUUUUUGUUUAUUUGUAAUAUAUAAUAUUGAGUGGAUCUAGUUAUUUAAUAUUAAAUAAAAAUUAUAUGAAAAACGAUUCUUAUAUCACUAUCCUUCUUUUAUUUCUUUGAAAGGUCGGAUCGAAUCCGCUUAUUCCAAUGAGUAUCUAUUCUUUUUUGGCUAUAAUGGGCAUUUAACUAUUAAUGAUAUCGUUGAAUUAUUCUUCUUCAACUUUUUUUGUUUUGUUUCUGAGAGUUAAAGUUUAAAUUUUGAAGGACUUAAUUUGAUGAGAUAAGGACCAUUCUUUUUAGUG